ACUUCUCUAAAAUCAAAUUAUUACUGGAAUAAAACUCAUAAACCCUCCAAACGGAAGGGUUUAUUGACUUUCAUUCAGGUUUUCUCGUUCUCUAACUGCUCGUCUUAAAUCUCAGUACCCAGUUCGGUGGAACAGUUUAUUCUAUCUCUUCAGAGCAUGAGGUCUGUGACUACUCCACUGCCGCAGCUAUGACUUUCCAGCCCCACCACAGCCACCAUCGCCACCACCGCAUCUCCUCCUGUCACCGCCAUCCUGCCGCUACUCCCGUCACCGGGUUGUGCGCAUCAUGUCUUCGCGAACGCCUCGCCGGCAUCCAAUCCCAGUCUCCAACCAGCGAAGCCUCUACCAGCACCAGCACCGCCGCCGCCGCCCAGCUCCGCCGCUCCAAAUCUUUCUGCGGGGGCCACAAUCCGUCUUCCUCCUCUGCAUCCGAGCCCCGCCGUAAAUCUUGCGACGCUAGGGCUCGCAGUACUCUCCACGACCUCUUCGCCGUUGAUGACAGAAUAAAAAACACGAAUCCAAAUCCUCCACCUUCGAAUGUGCUAGACAUUACAGUUUUGCAAGGCCUUGAAGAAGAGGGUGAGUUCAGGACCAUGAAGGAGUUCAUAGAUCUCGAAUGGAAUGGCAAGAAAAGUUCAAGGAAGUCUUUCUGGGAUACGGCUUCGGUUUUCAGUAAGAAAUUGAGGAAAUGGAGGCGGAAACAGGAGAAGAAGAAGGAGAACCAUGCUAGCUUGGGGCUAGUUGAACCGCCAAAUGUCAGAAGCUUAAGAGAAAACCAGUCGGAGGUGAGGGAAUACGGACUUGGGAGGAGAUCUUGCGAUACCGAUCCAAGAUUGUCAGUUGAUAUUGGGCGUUUAUCUGUAGAGGAUUCAGGGUUUUCUUUUGAGGAACCAAGGGCCUCUUGGGAUGGAUAUCUGAUUGGGAAACAGAAUCCGAGACUGGGUGUGAAUGCAGCUGGUGAAGAGAGAUUGAGUGUGGUAAGUGAAGAGGAGAAGAGUCCGGGUGGAUCAGCUCAAACUAGAGAUUACUAUGCAUAUUCUGUGAGUUCACAUAGAAGGAGGAGUUUUGAUUGUGCUGGGUUGAACGGGAGGAUGAGCUUAGGGGAGGCUGAUGAUUUGAAAUCAUCAAUAUCAAAUGCAAAGGUGUCGCCGGAAACUGUUGGAUUGUUCCAGGGGGCAAAGCUGUUGGUUACAGAGAAGGAGUUGAGGGAUUCCAAUUGGUAUUCUUUCAAAGAUUAUCAAACACAGAGUGUGGAAUCUGCUCCCAAGGAUGUUGAAUUUGUUGCUUCUGGGGUAAGUCAGAAAGGGUAUGACCCGAAGAAGUUGCCCAAAUGGAAAAAUUUAUUGAACAUUUGGGGUUUGAUACAGAGGCAAAAGGAGAGUGUAUUUGAAGAUGAUAAUAGGAGUAUGGGAGGGAAUGUUGGCAAUGGGUCUCUCGUAGAAUCUUUGCAAAGGCUGAGGCUGACGAGUAGGACGGCCAAUGGAAACAAAGGCAAAAGUGUAGAAGGAAAUUUGUGCAGUGAGAAGCUAAUAGAGUCUCUGCAGAAGCUCAGGAGGGCGUCCAAUGCAGAAGAAGAACGAGACAUUGAAGGAAAGUUAGCUGAUGAGACACUGGGUGAAUCUUUGCAAAAGUUGAGGAGGGUGUCAAAUGCAGAUGAAGAUAGAGAUAACGAAGGAAAGGUCUGUGAUGGGGCUCUAGCAGAGUCUUUGCAGAAGCUGAGGAGGGUGGCAAAUGGAGAUGCAAGUAGUGCUGUUGUUGGCCAAAAGCUUAUGCGGAGCUAUAGCGUUAGCUGCAGGAAUUCCUCCAAGGUGGAGAGAGCAUUUCAUGGAACUAGUGGUGAGACCAAAGAUGACAGCGAGAAGAGAAGGGAGAAUGUUGUCUCACAGCAGAAUCGUAGUGUCAGGUAUUCUCCUAAUAAUCUUGAUAAUGGCCUGUUGCGGUUCUACUUGACACCACUGAGGAGCUAUAGAAGAAGCAAAUCUGGAAAAGGCAUGCUUAAAAGCACACAAUCUGCAGGUGUGAAUGUACUGUAAUGGCUCUAAGCAUUUGUUAUGAAUGUUGUAAAAACAUGUAUGAACGUAUCCCUCGUUCUAUAGAUAAAUACCACCACAUCAGAUGACCAUCUCUCUUAUGCUAAGAAGGUUUUUCUAAUAAAGUGGCUAUUGAAAA